AUGAGCGUCACACUUCAUACUACGCUCGGUGACAUCAAGAUUGAAGUGUUUUGUGAAGCGGUGCCGCGCGCGGCCGAAAACUUUCUCGCCCACUGUGCGGCAGGGACCUAUGACGAUGUGAAAUGGCACCGAAAUAUGGCAGGGUUCAUGAUACAGACAGGUGACCCUUCUGGCACAGGCAAGGGUGGCCAGUCCAUUUGGGGUGAGCCAUUCCAGGAUGAGAUUCGAGCUACACUCAAGUUUCACGCGCGUGGUGUGGUAGCGAUGGCGAACAGUGCACCGAACACGAACAAGUCUCAGUUUUUCAUCACCUACAGCAAGCAACCUCAUCUCGACGGCAAAUACACUAUCUUUGGCAAGGUGAUUGAUGGUGCAGAGCUCGGUGGAACACUUGAACUGAUGGAGAAGGUGCCCGUGAAUGCCAAGCACCGGCCCCUCCAGGACAUACGGAUGCAGGGAGUGACAAUUCAUGCGAACCCUAUUGCUCAGAGGGCAGCUUUAGCUACAGGCACAUCUACGGCAGCUGGUAGACUUGAUCUUUAA